AUGAGCCAUCUUAGAGGGUCAAUUAAAAAAAUUGAUGAAGCAUUAAGUUUGAAAUGGAUAAAAUUAAAUAAAAUUACUUAUAUUGAUUGUAAAGGAAAUGAAAGAUUUUGGGAAUCAGCAUCAAGAACUACAAAGAAAGGAGAUACAGAUGGAGUUGAUAUAUUAGCAACAGUGAAAAAAGAUGGUAAAAAAUAUUUAAUUGUUGUUGUUCAAUAUAGAGUUCCAGUUGAUAAUUUAGUGAUUGAAUUUCCAGCUGGUUUAGUUGAUAAUGAUGAAAACUUUGUAAAUUCUGCAAUUAGAGAAUUAAAAGAAGAGACUGGUUAUAGAACAACUCCAGAUAAAGUAUUAUUAACAUCACCAAUUUUACCAUUGGAAUGUGGUAUGAGUUGUGCUAAUGCUAGAAUGGUUGUAAUUGAUUUGGAGGAAACAAUUUGUGAAGAACAAGAAUUAGAAGGUUCAGAAAAUAUUGAUAUAUUUUAUUUACCAAUGGAUAAUUUAUUUAAUGAAUUGGAGGAAUUAAGAAAGAAAUUAAAUUGUGUUGUUAGUAUUCAAUUAUAUACAUUUGCAUUGGGUUUAAAUUUUAAUAAUUUUUUUAAAUAA